GAAGGAGAGAAAAGUAUCCCAGAGACAAACAGGAGGACAAACUGGAGGAGGUUAGAGGAAGGAGGCGGCAGGAUAGAAAACAAACUGCAAGCAUCAGUGAGGAGGUGAAGAGUUGAGGGUGAACGAGUCAAUAGGAGAGGUGAAAGACUUCAAACUAAACAUUCAUUCAGAGGGGCAGCAGGUAUCUGCUGCAGCGAGAGUCCGGAGAGAAAGAAAAGAAAAAGCUGGAAAGGAGGAAAGAGCCAAACAGUUAGAGAGCAAAGGAGGCUGCAGGAGUCCAAAGAGCCCCAACUUAGAGAGGAGUCAGAGCAGCUCGUCGUCCUCUGCUCGCUCAGGAGCACAACUUCCAAAGACUUUUAUUUUGAAAGUCCAGAGAGGUACAUAGAUAGAUAGAUAAUAGACAUCCAAUGGCGUGCUACUACAUUGUCAUCAGUUCCACCCACUUGCGUGAUGGACAGCUGAGGAACAUCAAGGGGGUGUUCAGAGGACCAAUAGGGACCAGCGAUCACAGGAACACGGAGGACGCCGACUCCAGGUUCUACUGCGAGCUGUGCGAUAAGCAGUACGUGAGACACCAACAGUAUGACAACCACAUCAACUCCUACGACCACCACCACAAACAGCGCCUGAAGGAGCUGAAGCAGAGGGAGUUCUACAGAGCGCUGGCCUACAGGAGGGAGAGGAGGCGCAGGGAGGAGAAGAGAGAAGAAAGACCACUAAGCAGGCUCCAUCAGCACGCAAAGAGGAGAGAGGGAGAAUGUGCUCCAGGUUCUGGUCCCAUGUUCAGGUCCACCACUGUGGCAGUUGACCCAGUAAACCAGACCAGACCAGAAUUGGUCCAGAAUUGGGUUGACAUCCAUACCAGUGGUACCACAAUAACAAAGCCUGAAGCCCAACUGAUCCAGCCACACCUUCCCCUGGAUGCUAGACUGGAAACCAGACUCCUAAACAGCAAGCAGUGGGGGUACAACCAACAAGACACCAGCUGUACUACAACUACAACUACUACUCCUGCAUCUGACACCUCCCUCUUCAGCAAGUCCAUCAACAACUUAGACCAAGACCACACCUCAAAGAUAUCAUGGUCUAAAGGUUAUUUAAGCAAGACCAGUAGUCCUAGUGCCAUCUCAACAUCUGCCAUUAAUGACACAAUAUUUGACCAAACUACAAUGACCGACAUCAGCAAGAACACCACGAGCAACAUCACAAUCAACCAUAUCAGAGCCUCUGCAUCAGGUGCCCACUUUGUCCCCGGCAGAAUCCGACCUGUGUCCUUUUCACUGCCCAAGAGGAGUUGUCUUCUUCUCCACCAAUCAGCUGCUGUCUUCAUCCAAGCUGGGAAGAGUUCUGGCUUGACGGGCAAAAAACAAGGUGUGACAGAAAGAGCCAAAGAAGUGGAGGACAAAGUUUCAGAACAACAGCUCAAAUCUCUAGGGUCUCCAGAGGUGGAACUCAAGAAUCAGUGGCAGGCUGAGACUGGAAACCACCAAAGAACUGCAGCAGAACUCCCUGCUCACCACAGUGAGGCUGGACCCAAUAUGGCUAUAGACAAGAGAACUGGAGCACCACCUCAGCCUGGGGCCCAGGAUCCUCCAUGUAACCAUGAUAUGAUCAGGGUUGAGGAUUCUGUUAUCAGGGUUAACACAGCCCAGGUCUCCUUACAUAAUGGACAUUGUACUGGAACCCAGGAUGGGAAUGAACGCAAGACUGAAACUCAACCUUACUUAAACAGGGAGUUUCCAGUUCAGCCAUCUUCAAGUAACAGUGUAGGUCCAGAACCUGAAGUUGAAUUCCACAAGGAUGUGGGAAACCAAAGAGAACUAGACCCCAAUACCGGCAACCACUUUACACAACCUGAAGAAAUAGUUUCCGCCAAUACAAGCCUGCCUCAAACUUCAAACAUCAGUGAGCCAAAAGAGCCUUUGAUUCAAACGCAGCACUCUCCUAUGUCAAAAACGGACACAGGUGCCAAUUCUUUGGUUCCUAGUCACCCCAAAGAACCGUUCUGUCAGGUUGUGAGUCGGGACGGCAGCAGGGUUCUUCUGUGGCCAUCAGAGAUGAUCAGCUACACCCAGACAUCACCCUCCAUCUCCUACAGCGUCAACCCUCUCCUGUACGACUUUAGAGCACAUAACAAGGCCAAGGAAGGGGACAACGGGAAGAAAGGCAGGUUAGAGGACGGGAGUGAAAGUAAAAACGCAGCUGUGAUCAAACAGGCCAAAUGCAAGCAAAGGCAGGAAGAGAUGGAGGGAGGACAGGAGGUGAUGAUAGAUGAAAGAGAAGAGGAUGAAGGAGAAGAAGCAGGAAUUUUUACGGAGGCUGUGCCGCGCUCCAGUAGCAGCAAUGUAGUUGUGGAAAGUGAUGAAAGUGCUCAAAAACUCAUUCCCAUUUCUGCAGCAUUCCACCUUGCGCAGAUGCUUGGUAGCGGCCUUCAAAAAAACGGAAAGAAGAAGCGGAAAAGGAGGCGGAAGAGGCGGCGAGGUAUGAGGAGAGGAAUGAGGAAGAGAGGGAGGAGGAAGAGAGGAGUGGCGGUGGAAAGAAAAGAUCCAGAGAAGGAGAAAAGGACAAGUUUUUGUGUGAAUCAAAAAUGUGAAGUGAGAGCAGGGGAGAGGUUACGAGGGAAGAUGAAAAGGGAAGGCAGUGAAAAAGACGAGAUGGGCGAGAACGGGCUAUUAAGUAAUCUUGUAGUGCAUCGGCUGGUGGGAGGGAAAGAAAAGCGGAUGAGAGGAGAAGAGAGGAGAAUAAGUGGAGAUCAGACGGAACAAGAUAGGGCAGAGAGAAAUGACAAGGGGAGAAGGGAGCUAUUAAGUAAUCUUCCUGUGAAUCGGUGUAACCAGCUGUGCCUGCAGGUGAACAGGGAGGCCAGUCGGCAUCAAUCCUCGCAAUCAGCCGCUGGGUGGGACCAGGGUCUGAAAAAGCCGCUCUGCAGGGGUUCAGCAUGCAACUCAGUGAUUAGCCCUGUCCCCAAGUCUGUUACAGAGACACCACGCUGUCCUGCAAUUACAUCCGACCCUGCUCACAACGACUCAGAGGCAGCGGAGGCGCACAAUCACACGCGAGCGGGAACAGACGAAGGGCACAGAGAUGAAGAGCGGCUGAAUCUCAACACGCCGGAGAUAACAGCUGUUGAAAAUGACAGACAAAAAGUGUGCAAGCUAGCAAUUAGAGGCAGCACCUUUCCCUGUAGAGACCCAGCUUGCGAGUGUGAAAUUCAUCUUGCUCUUACACCUCACCCAGAAACAGCAGAUGAUCCAGCAGGUAGCCAUGUCUCUGCUCCCUUCAGAGAAACAGUGUGGAGUCAGAGACAAAUACUACCUACAGGAUAUAGAAAACCUGCAUGUGGAGGCAUGAGCCCACCUGGCAAUGUGAUUUCAGAGAGCGGCGCAACAUCUGGGAAGAGAAAGAGGGGACCAACAGACACUGGAGCAGCACAGAGGAAGAAAUGUAAACGGAGAACGAGACAAAUGAAGACAGGAGUUCAUGAUUUGACAAUGACGAAGAUGCUGAAUCACUCAAGUCUUCGCACUCAGCUCAGCGGGAGCGCGGCCCUCGCAACGGCCUUUAGAGUCAACAGUAACGACACCGAGACAUGUUCGGAUGGGUGCUGCACUCGCAGCAGUCCUCAGGGAGAAGUAGACAAUAACUGCACAAACUGCGCCUUAGCUUACAGGACAAAACUGCCACAUAACGCAACUGACAAACAGGGAACGUUUACGCUCAAUGACAUCGGUGACACAUUCAGUAACUGUGGCGACAGCACACCUGAUGACUACAGUAAAGAAAUACAUAACGGGAAUGACGAUUUUUGCUAUAACGAAAGCACAUGUGAUGCUAGCGAGCAAGAUAACGUGCAUGACAAUCUUUGCAGCAACGAAGGUGACGAUGACGCUUGUGAUAAUUGUUCAGCUAACAGGAGUGUUCAGUUUUCGCAAAUAUGUCAUGCUACAGACAACCCGGUGGAGAAAAGAGUGAACUGCAGGUCUAAGCUGUGCACAGUCUGCUCUAAUGAUCAAAAUCGUGACCAAUGUCGAUGUCACAACGUGCUUGCUAGCAAAGGUUUGUCUGGUGGCUGUGGUGGCGAGCACUGUGCUUGCUGUAGCGGUAACAGUAGUGACACAUCUAAGCGCAGUUGCACAAACAUGAAAGUGCACAGUCACAAUGGCGAACACAAAGCUCAGUGUGACGUUCAAAAAGAGAUCCAGCCUUCUGAUUUAGCACCCGAUUUCAAUAUCUGCAGCAGCGAUAUCAAUCACUGCAGAAACGGUGUGUGCGACACUGACAGUGAUCGGUGUAAUUAUGUCGCUGACUGUAAUAACUGCGGUGACGACUCUGAUAAGAGCCCCAGAAGUGGAAAAGAAGCGUCUCCGCAUAUUGAUGCGGGAAACGAAACAGAGGAGACGGAACAAAGUGAGAGAGAGACGGCUGACCACAGACGGGGAGAGUGGGAGAAGGAGUGGGUGAGGAGAAAGGAGGAGAAGCAGAGGGAGCUAGAUUUGGAACAUCUCUACCCCGAAAAAAGACUUUGUUUCCUCCCUCCUCCCUGCAUCCCUGUCCAUGCUCCUCUCCUCCUCCCGCCACCCCUGUCCUCCUCCUCGUCCUUCUCCUUUCGUCACACCAUCGUCCAGCACCAUCUGUCCCUCCUCCCACCUCCUUCACACCUCUCCAUGCCCUCCUACCCACACCUUCUCCCCUCAUUUUCCACGCACCUUGCUCCCCUCUCUGCGAGUCUCACUCCCGCGCCUCCUCCGCCACCGCCACCUCCUCCAUUCUACUCCUCACUCGCCAUCCGCUUCCCAGAUGCCCCUGGUUCUUAUCCCUUAGCAACAGCGUUCCAUCACGUGCAGAGUCACCGUCCGUGUCUGUACCGCCAGCCGUAUCCGACGGUCCUGCCCUUACCGGUGUUGUUUUGA